CGUCAUCACGCACAGUUGCCAAACAAGAAGCCACGUUGACGAACUGGACUGAAGUCGACUGCUGCUGUUUACCCCAGAAAAGAAAAGGAAUAGCUAUUUAAACGAGUGUUUUCACGCUUCCGACAGACAUUAGUUAGAUAUGUCUUCGCCGCCGAAGGAGAAAAUCGAGACCAAAGGAGGACACCUCCCGGCUGUAAAGGCAGGGGGGAUGAGGAUAGUGCAGAAGCACCAGGGAGCAGCUCCACCUGAGACCCCUCCCAUCAAAGACGAGGACGAGGACUUUGUGGAGGAACCUAGCCCACCAAAGCCCACUGUGGUCGUUUCAGGAGUGGUUACAAAGGGUGAUAAGGACUUCACCCCUGCAGCAGCCCAGGUAGCUCACCAGAAGCCCCAGCCAUCUAUCACCAAGAUGCCCCAGAACCAGCACCUCACUCAGCACAUUCACCAGCCCCGCAAGUGAGGCUACCACCAAGCUUACCCUCCCUCCACUAACUCUGCUACAACUGGCCUCGCAAGUAAUCACCACAAACGCAUGUCUACGAUCAGUUUUGUGUUUACCCCGUCCAAUGCUUAAGUAAAGAUUUGAGGAAGGGAAGCUGAUCCUAGAUCUGUGCCUAAGAGAAAGCCAACGCAAUGUGAUCAAUGGACCACAGCAGCCUACCGACCAACCCAACAACCAAUCAUAAGCCAGAGAUGAGCUCAAGCUCCUGCCUUCCCGCCACAACUGUCCUCACAGACCAUAGUAGCCAGAAAGCAGCUUCUUAAGCCUGCAACCCACCAAUUAUGUGCCAGAAAGCAAAGUGAAAGAAACGGUGUGGAACCACAAACAGAAAUCAACCAAUCAAAGAACUACAGAAACCCAAUCAAGCAUGCACCCAAUCUUCAAAAGUGCUCAGGUUACCAGGGCAACCCUUGUUAAGCAUUCCAUAUGAUUCCAUUUCCUCUUUUGUUCUUAACUUUCUAUGAACUAAGAACCUGUCAUCAUAGAAAAUGAUAGAGGCCUCUCGUUGCCUAAAGGCAGCCUUUGCAUGGGCAGCUAAAUGAAGGCCUUCCACCAUUUUAAUGUAGUCAAUCGAGUGGGACAUCCAACUUCAUUGGCUGUUCCCUCCUGGUGACCCUGUUGGAGUCAUGUCCAACCGGGUCAUCAGGAGGGAUCAGCCAAUCGUGACAAAGAAGAAAACUGACAACUUCAAAAUAUAGAUUAGGGUUGAGGUGCUAUAAUGGCACAGAUACAAGAGUCUCUCUGUGGUUGUCAUAGACCACAAACACACACCAUCCCGUUUAUGCCAGGUGUUGUUCAUGGCAACUAUAAUUUCAGACUUUAUUUUAUCAAGAAGGAUUUUGAGUUUAUAAAGUGUAAAAAACAAAAAAAUCCUUAGUCUGUGAAUGGACUUAGGUGUGGUUGUCAUAAUAAAUAAAGAUUUAACUUUAAAA